AUGUCUACCUUCCAUGACAGUGUAGGUCAAGGCCCAGCAGUCAGUGUGAUGGAAGUUCCCGCGCUGGUGUUACUGCUGCUCCUCUCAGCUGUUUCUACCAUCAGCUGUCAGGAAGCAGGAUCAGCUGGUAGAGCGUCCUUUGUUGACAGCGUGUGGAAUAUGCUUCGCGACGCGUUCUCGUACUUCUUCAAGCCCAUCAUGAGCAAAGCGGGGAACAUGGUGUACGGUAGAUCCGUAGAGCGUCAGUCCUACAGACAAUACCAGCUGUUGAGGGGUCCCCAGACCGACGAGGACCUGGAGGAGUUGGAGAGUCUGGAGGAAGAGUCUGGAGUCAUAUUCUGGAACACUCCCUCCCUGAAUCACUCUCUGGACAUGGUAGUGUCCCCUGGGGUGGUGGAUGACGUCAAACAGUACCUGGCAGACAGUGAUAUAGACUAUACUGUACUCAGCGUCAAUGUCCAGAAACUAAUCAAUGAACAAAACCCAAAACCUGACAAAAAUGAAGUCGUCGAGCUGAAAUCAAGCAAAGGACAUUUAAUGACUUGGACUAGAUAUCAUCGCUACUCCGAAAUCACAAGCUAUUUGGAAUAUCUUCAAAACACGUAUCCUAAUUUGGUCGAAAUAUUCACAAUUGGAAAAUCAACUGAAGGUAAACCUCUUAAAGUUCUCAAGAUUUCAUCUCCCGUUUCAAAAGACAAGAAUAAACCUGCAAUUUGGAUUGAUGGUGGUGUCCACGGCAGGGAGUGGAUUUCACCAGCUGUGGCGUUGUAUUUCAUCAAACAGUUGGUAGAGAACUACGGCAAGAACCUCCACAUUGUUGACCCUCUGGACUGGUACAUCAUGCCAGUCAUGAACCCUGACGGAUACGAGUACACUCACACCAGGGAUAGGUUCUGGAGGAAGUCGAGGUCCGCGUACAAGGAGGAGGAGGAGGAUCUGUCUGCAAGGAGAGGGCGUUUCUACUGGAGUUCCUCCCAGAGCUGUCAAGGCGUAGACCUGAACCGCAACUGGGACUUCCACUGGGGCGAGCGCGGGGCGAGCGACGAUCCCUGCAAGGAGACGUACUCCGGAUCCCGCGCGUUCUCGGAGCCCGAGACCCGGGCGGUGUCCGAGUUCAUCCUGGAUCUCAAGGACCGCCUCAGGGUCUACCUGACGCUCCACUCGUACUCGCAGAUGUGGCUGGUGCCGUGGAGCUACACCAAGAGCAAGGUGAAGGACUACGACGACCUCGUGUAUCUGGGACGUAAAGCGAUCGAAGCGCUCAAGAAAGUCCACGGGACCGAGUAUGACAUAGGGACGUCUACAUCGUUGCUCUACCCAUCGUCAGGUAGUUCUGACGACUGGGCCAAGGGGAGAGCUGGUAUCAAGUACAGCUACACGGUGGAACUCCGAGACAAGGGCAGUUACGGCUUCCUACUUCCUGCUGCUCAGAUCAUCCCCACUGGCAGGGAGACGUUCGCCGCCGUCCGGGCGCUCGCCCGAGCCGUCCUCAAGGAGAUGGGCUGAACUAAGAGCGCGAGAAGUGCGACGUGCCAUUACAUACCAAAGACUCAAGACUCAGUGUUAGUUACUUUAGUCGGAUAAAACGCUGCGCCACUGUCGCAACGCUCGUGCGGUGUUGCCAGUUCUCUUCCAUAGUGUGCAGCAGUGUUGCCAGAUAUCCGCGGUACGGUCCACGAGUAGUUAAACCUGAGUGCAGGCUGACAGUGUCUGGUGCUCAGUGUUACGUUAAUUUAUAAGGCGUAGCAAAAUGUAGUAUUUAUUAAUACUAUGAGCAUUUUAUUUCCAAUACACCCAACUGAAAUCGAAUUGCUUUUGAACAUAUAGUAAAUAUACUUGACAUAACUGUGGCCCUUUCAAAGAAACUUGCUACUUUGUUUUCUUACGUGUUAAUAUUUUAAAAUACUGAAUUUCUUUUGACUUCAAAACUUAAACAAAACCCAUUUUCAUUUGAAAAAUUAU